CUCUGGUCUCUUUGCAAUAUCAGCUGCUCCAACGAAGCAACUGGAGGCGGGGGGUGGCUGGAUUGAUGAUUCUCUGUGUGUGUGUUUUUUUUUAAUUUAUUGCUUUGAUUCUUUCCUUCCUCUUUGGAAAGUUUUGCUGCUUCCAGAUUCCAACAGCCUUGGAAAAACUAUAGAAGAUUUUUAGGAGGGAGAGGGGCUCUUUCGUUCCCCAGGAUUUUUGAAUUUGGAGAGGAGAUUUUUUUAAACAAUUUUUUUUUGCACCGUUGUGUUUUAGGAGAGCCUUCCCUCUAUGUUCUCAGUCUGAGCAAAUUUGUGCUCCCUCCCCUUCCCCGGUGGAAACUGAAAGCAUCUUCUUCAUAUAAGAAGAAUGAACCCACAAGGAAAAGAAGAAAGGCCGUGAUAUAUAUAAUAUAUAUUUAAAACCUACCUAUAUAGAUUUUUUUAUUCUUCUAAUUUAAUUUUUUUAAAGUAGAGGUCGGGAGAGGGAAUAAUAAACAGGAGGCAGAAAGACAGAAGAAAUCACAGCCAUCCUCACUCCACCCCACCCCACCCCACCCCCCCAAAAGGAAGCGCCAUGGAGAAGAAGGAAGCGGUGGGCAAGGCCGCUGCUGUGAAGCAACAGCCGGGCGAUCUUCAAGCUCCCAAGGGGGUUCUCCAGGAUGUGACACAGCCCCCUGCAAGUGAACGGACUAGUCCCUCUCCUGCCACAGCUGCGGAUACUGCAGGUCGCAGGGGUGACCGCUCUCCCUCUCCCCCCGCACCAACAGCGAUCCCUCCGCCGUCUGCAGCUCUUCCUGUGGGAGUGACGCUGCCCACCCAGAAUGGGCACAUGGGCACUGAGACUGCUGCGGUGUCACCAGCUGAAUUGGGACCUCCUCCUCAAGAGGAGCAGGCUGGCUCCCAACCUGCCACAACGCUUCCUGCUGAGGAGACCCUGCCCCCCCAAAAUGAUCAUCCUCAACCUGUAGAUGCCCAGGAAACACCCACUGUGGAAGAAACAAGUCCCCAAGAAAGUGCUCGGCCACCACCCAAGAACGAACAGCCUUCUUCUGGUGCAGGACCUUCCAGCCCCCGGACUAAACAAGAUACUCAGAAGGCUCAAGCCCGGCACAAGUUGGCCCGGGAACGGCGGGAGGAGAGAGCCAAGCAUCUAGCUGCCAAGCGAGCUGUGUGGCUGGAGAAGGAAGAGAAGGCUCGACUUCUGCGGGAAAAGCAGCUUGAAGAUCGGCGGCGCCGGCUUGAAGAGCAGCGAGUCCGUGCUGAGAAACGGCGUGCCGCUCUGGAGGAGCGCCAGCGGCAGAAGCUGGAGAGGAACAAGGAGCGCUAUGAAGCUGCCAUCCAGCGUUCAACGAAGAAAACCUGGGCAGAAAUCCGGCAGCAACGGUGGUCAUGGGCUGGCGCACUGCACCAAGGAUCCCCCACUCACAAAGAUGGUACGAGCAGGUGCUCCCUCUCUGCCGUAAAUCUCCCCAAACACGUGGACUCUAUAAUCAACAAGCGCCUCUCCAAAUCUUCUGCCACCCUCUGGAACUCACCCAGUAGAAAUCGUAGCCUACAGCUCAGCCCCUGGGAGAGCAGCAUAGUCGACCGGCUCAUGACGCCCACGCUGUCCUUCUUGGCCCGCAGUCGGAGCGCCGUGACACUUGCUGGUAACGGCAAAGAUCAGGUACCUGUGUGCCCCCGGUCAGCUUCUGCCAGCCCCCUCAGCCCCUGCAACAACCAGCGCCUGCACCACCGCUGCUCAGAGCGACGGCGGCCGGCAACCAGCAGCCCAGACGUGACGCCCCGGCGGAAGGCUGAAGCCUCCCCUAAAAAGAAAGAGAAGAAGGACAAGGAGCGGGAGAAUGCCCAAGAGAAGAGUGCCCUUGCCCUACGCAAACGCCAGUCUCUGCCAGCUGGGCAGGCUCGCCAGCUGCGCACGCCUGAGAGCAGCCCGGGCCCCAAGCCAAGGCCUGCCUCUCCAGCUAUCACCAAGCAACGCCCAGCCUCUCCUAGCACAGGCCCUAGUUCUCCGCACCGACCAGGCCUGACGCGCAGUGCCCACUCUUCACCCAAGGCACGGGCCCGCAAGCAGAACAGCAGCCAGCCAAAGGUUCCCAAGGCUGAAGAAAAGGAACGAAGAGUAUCCUCCCCUGCACUGAAUGAGACCCCCAAGGUCACAGGGGGCAGUGAAGUGGCACCAGAUACCUCUAACCCCUCUGGCACAGCCAGUCCAGUUCCUGCUCCUCCUGCCACCACCCCGAGCAAACCCAUGGCAGGCACCACAGAUCGGGAAGAGGCUGCCCGGCUGCUGGCUGAGAAACGGCGCCAAGCACGGGAACAGCGGGAACGAGAGGAGCAAGAACGCCGGGAACAGGAAGAGCGGGAGCGGCGGCUAGCAGAGGAGCGGGCCCAGCAAGAAGCAAAGGAACGGCUCCAGCAGCAAGCUGAACUAGCUCGGCUGGAGGAGGAGCGGCGGCAGGAAGAGGAGGAGCGGGCCCGGCAAGAGGAGCGUGAAGCCCAAGAGCGGGCCCGGGCGGAGCAGGAAGAGCAGGAGCGGCUGCAGAAACAGAGGGAGGAAGCUGAAGCUCGAGCACGAGAGGAGGCAGAGCGCCAGCGGGUGGAACGUGAAAAGCAUUUCCAACGGGAGGAGCAAGAACGGCUUGAGCGGAAGAAACGGCUGGAGGAGAUCAUGAAGAGGACGCGGAAAGCAGAUGGAGCUGAUGCCAAGAAGAAAGAGGACAAGAAAUUGGUGAACGGGAAGGAAGGGAAACAGGCCGAACUCAGUAUAGAUGGUGAAAAGCGGCCCGGAAGCCUACCCAAGGAAGAAGAGCUACCCGAGAUGCAGGCCUCAAGCCCAGCAGGUCACAAAGUGCCACUUCCGGAAGGAACGCAGCACAGCUCCCCUGUGGCUCCUGCUCUUUCCCUGGUAAACGGCCUGCAGGCCAGCAAGCGUGAAAAUGGCUUUUCCUCCACUAAAGAGCCCAGCGGCCGGGAGCACUCCACAAGCCCUGGGCUGGGCAUGGCCGGAGAGGCCAUUCUGCCUUUUGCCAACAAGGAGCCCUUCCUCACCAAGGCUGUGGCCAAGGCCCCGCAGGUCACAGAGGUUCUGUAAGCCACGAUGCCCCCACUCCCUUCUCCCCAAAGGAUGGGUGCAACCAAGUGCCAACUGCAGGCUAGAUCUAACCAGAAGAUCAGCAAGAAGCUCCGCACCCCACAAGGAUCGAGGAGGCGCGGGGAGCCAGGCUGGAUAGAGAUGGCCCAGCCCCAGAGACUCUCUUUUUCUCUCUCUUUCUCCUCUCCUCUUCUUUUCUUGUUUUUGUUAUUAUUUUUAAUAUGCACCUUAUCAGACUCAUCCCUACUCAUAUUUCAUCCCACAAGACUAUAUAAUCGCAUAGUUAUUUAACUGGCUGGGUACAAAAAGGAUGUGAAUAAUGUACAUAAACCUCAGUGUUAACACGGAUUGCGUCAGCAUCAUCACCGGCGGGGUCUCGCUGCCCCCCACAUGUGUGUUCGCAGGAGAUUCCUUUGGGACUACUACUUCUUUUUUUUGUUUGUUUUGAAUGCGGGCUGGGUCAUAGCUGGGGGAGACGGGAUCUUGGCAUCGGGCUGGGGUCCGUGCGGGUGUGUCUGUUACAACCAGUGCAAAAACAGACAGGUCUGGAUCUCUAAAUUAAACUCUCUGCGUUUCGUCUCAGCCAGGAUCCCUGCAGAGUUUUGUGUGUCUGUGUGCAUGUGUGUGCACCAUAAGCCACUCAACGACUGCCGUGGUCAACACUGUGCUUUUAUUGGGUGCUGCUGUGUGUGUGUGUGUGUGUGUGCGCGCGUGUGUGUCUGCAUGUGAGAUGGCUGGGACACGUCGCGCUGGGUGUCAUUGUGACAGUAUUAUACAUCUGAACAACCUUUUAUGGACAAUAAAGAUAACAAAUGAC